GCUUUUUACUCGACAUAGUGAACAAAUGACCACCAGUAGAAGCAAAUUUAAAACGGUUAUACUGAAGUGAAAUCGUUAAAUCUCUCAUAUCACAGGAUUGUGCUGUGAUGGCGUCCUACCUAUUCAUUAUUUCAGCUAUUGCUGCACUUUCUGGCCUUGGGUAUGCAGUAGGUGACCAUUGUGAAAAUUCCAAUAAGCGGUCAAUGAGUGGAGAUCCUGGAUCAAAGCAUUGUCUUACAGAUUCUAAAACAAUCUACCCACUUCAAGUGCUUGUGCGAAAAUUGCCAGAUCCUCUUGUUGUCAAGGAAGGAGAGAAAUUCAAUGUUUCAUUGACAAUCAAAGUUCGAAGGAAGCUGCCAAAAAGCUUUGAGGUUGACUUAGAUUUAUGGAAAAAGAUUGGAUUCUGGAUUAAAAUUCCUUGCAUUAGUGAAGUUGGAUCUUGUGACUAUAAGUUUGACUGCCAAAAGAUGAACUGCACUCAGUAUCUGGACAUGUGUACGAGCUGUAAAAUUGCUGUUGAUGACGUCACGAUCACAGUUCCUGUCAAUGUGGAUUUCCCAUCAUUCCUUGUCAAUGGAAAAUAUUGGAUUGGUUACAAAAUAAAAGAUGGGAAAAAUGGAUCUUUUGUUGCCUGUGGUGAGCAGUAUAUCAACAUAGAAAUAUAGCCGAGCAGCAUAAGCAUGUAAAGUGUGGAAAUUUCAAAAUUGUAAAUGAGAACGAAAAUGAUU